CCCCCUUGCCGCAACCCCCGCUCGAUAUUGCGAUCAACCUCCAACCCACCACCCUCAUCCACACUCAACUACCAUCAUCACCUCUUGUUCUCGCCAUCCUCGUCGCCAAUCAACCCUUCAGCAUCCAAAGCAAAAUCAGCUCACUCCUAUCCAACACCCCCCUUACCGUGGGAAGCGUCCGCCCCGUCGUACUUCCCCUCUUCCUCCUUGGCUACCUCGCUCCUCCUAUCCCCCCCCCCUCGAAACUCUUGACCGCACUACUUCAUCAAUCCAGCAUCAUUGUCACUCCCCCUCAUCAGCAUCGCCCAUUUGCAUAUCAAGCCCAUUGCCAGCACCUCGCCCUGGCUUGUACAAGACGCCCAUUGGAGCCCUAAUCAAGGAGUACUACCUCUCCUUGCCUCCGCCCGCCCGACGACCCAUCAACACGGCACCCUCUUGCUCCCACCUCGGCUCGCUCGCCGAGAAAACGACUGGGCAUCGCGGUCCAUCACCUGCUGGCAUCGCGUCCACAAGUGUUCACCAGAGCGGCUGAUUUGUCGUGGUGACGACGUCUGUGGAUCGACAGACAUUCAGUGACGCCUGCGUACAGAACGUGCCCUUCAACCUUGGACGCGCGCCCUCUCACCUUGUCCUCGUCGCACAGGCCCAUCGUUUAAUCACCCAGGCCCUCCCGCCGACGCGUCCAGUCCCUCUGGCUCCUCACUGUCAACACAACCUCAAAGAGCAUUAGACCUCUGCAUCUCUGGCAAACCUCGUCGCGUGUCCAAAGGCAACUCGCCAUCCACUUUCGGAGCACUUCGUUGCGAGUGGGCACGAUUCAGCCGGUAAACUGAGUCGAGGCCCUGGCGAUAAACGCCAUGGCCUUGCCCCAUCCAGCCAUCAUCCAUCAGCAACACGCGUCUCCAGCCGUGUCCCAUCCUCCCCCUCAUCUAAUGCAACAGCCCGGCCAGCCGGGCCCUUCGGGGAUGCCGAUGCAGGUGGCCCAGUAUCAGUACGGCGUCCAGGUCCGACCCCCUCAGGCUGGCAUGGCCGCCGGAAUCGCCAUGUCGCAGCAACAGAUUGCUCAGUUUCAACAGCAGAGGCAGCAGCAGAUGGCUAUGACCCAGCAGCAGCAGCAAGCCGCGUCUCUGCAACAUCAAGCCGCCCAGGCAGCGCAAGCACAAGCGCAAGCAGCACAGGCGCAGGCGCAGGCGCAGGCACAAGCGCAAGCGCAAGCAGCACAGGCUCAGGCUGCCGCCCAGCAACACCAGCAGGCAGUCCAGGCAGCUGCAGCAGCUCAGACGGCUCAACAGCAGCGAGCUGCCGCCAUGGGUCAACAGCCUGGCCACCACAUGUCACCUUCACCACAUCUCCAGCACCAGGGCUUCCCGAUCAAUGGCCCUGGAGCAGCUAUGCCUCCGCACCAGUAUCCUCAGGCAGCAGGUCCUUCCAUGGCCCCAGGAGCACGGCCAACCGUUGGAAUGCGCCCCCAACGACCAGCUCAUGUUCGUCCUCCACAGCAGCAGCCCGGUAUGGUGCAACAGCAUCCUGGGUUCCCACAACAUCCAGGAAUGCAGCCCGCCCCGCCCGGUCAAGUGCAGCAGCAUCCAUCUCAUGUUCAGGCGGCCGCGCAGCCAGGUCAGCCCCAGCCCCAGGCACAGCAGCCAGCGGCUGCAGUCCCCACCCCAGGUCACCCUCAACACCCUCAGCACCCAGGUGUCGAGCACCAGUUAUCUUCGCAAGGAUAUGACAUGACGAGGGGGCCGUCAGUGCAGUCUCAGAUCGGACCUAUUCGCGAUCCAGACGCAACGAUCAAACCGUUGAUUUUUGAGUACUUGAUGAAGCACCAGCUUCCUCAGACAGCAAAUGCGCUUCGAAAUGAAGCAGGCCUCCCAGAACAGAGUGUGCCUAUUGAGGGGCCAAACAAAGGCCUGUUGAACGAGUUGUGGCACGUGUUUUCGGAUCUUGCGGCUGCCGGCAAAGGACCGGCGGCGUUGAGUAACGGCACGGCCUAUGCCGAGGCUAUCGGCCGCCUACGAUCCUUGAGGCAGUCUAUUGCUGGGACACCUGGAGCUGUACCGGGCACGCCCCAGCCCCAGUUCCAAACCCCAACAGGUGGUGUCGCCGCUCAGCGUGUUCCGUCCCAGCAACAGAACUUCCAGCAGGCGCAGGCCCAGCAGCAGGCGCAGGCGAUGGCCCAGCAGCAGGCUCAGCAGCAUGCUCAAGCCCAAGCUGGCGCAGGCAUGACCCAAGCCCAAGCCAUGAUGCAGCAGCAGCAGCAACAACAGCAAAUGGCGGCGCAGACACAUCAGCAACAGCAGCAGCAGCAAGCUGCUCUUAUCCAGCAACAGCAGCAGCAAGCGGCCACCCAGCAGCAACACGCCGCUGCCGCCACCCAGCGCUUUGGUCAACAGCCUCCAGGAGCCGUUGCCGGUUCCCCCGCACAGCAAAGACCACCAGCUCCUGGUCAGCAUAUCUACGCUGCCGCCCAGCCCAUUCCAAUGCAGGCAACCGCAUCAGCAGGACCCAACCAGCCAUCACCGAUCGCACCGUCUCCUCGCAUGUCGGCUGCUCAUCCCAUGCCCUCGCCCCAUCAGAAGCACAUGCGGCCUCCAAUGAACGGCGUCCCCGGCCCUCAAGGAACGCCGACCAUGAUGGCCGCGAUGACGCAGCAACAGCAGGCGGCUGCCGUCGCUGCUGGAAUGGCGCACCCUGGGCAGAGCGGCUUCAUGCACCCUCAGACCCCCCAGGCCGCCGCAGCCAGCCCCGCCCAGCAACCAAUGACGCCUCAGAUGUCGACCUCCCAGCACAAUCUGUUGACUGCUCAGGCACAGGCCAUUAAUGCCCGCACCGCCGCCCAGCAGCACGCUCAGCAACAAGCUCAGCAGCAGGCCCAGCAGCAACAGCAGCAGCAGCAGCAGGCACAGCAAGCUCGACAAGCUCAGCAGGCUCAGCAGCAGGCUCAGCAGCAGGCCCAGCAGCAGCAGAUGCAGGCGGCUCAGCACGCCCAGCAGCAGGCGCAAGCGGCCGCUCAGCACGCCCAGCAGCAGCAGCAGCAAGCGCAACAGAACCAGCUGGCCCAACAGCACGCAGCCGCGCAUCACGCGGCCCAGCAGCGGCAGCAGCUGGGCAUGCAGCCUGGUAUGCAGCCCGGCAUGCAGCAGCCCAACGGCCCCCACUAUGCGAACCAGAUGAGCCUGCAGCAGCAACAUCAGUUCCAGCAGGCGCAGCAAGCGGCUCAGCAAGCGGCGCAGGCAAGCGCCAGCCAAAUCUACUCGAGCCUCAACCUUGGCCCGGUCAAUCCCUCCAUCAUGCAACACGCCCUCGCCGCGCUCAACUUGACGGGCCGUGAUGUUAGCUCGUUUAGCGAGGACGAGAAGUCCCGCGUGAUUGUAAAGUACCAGCAGACACUUGCCGACGCAAGAAGACAAGGACAAUUUGUGGCCAUGAACGGCGCAUCACCUGGUCAGCCUGGAGGCCCCGGUGCCUCUCCCGCCAGCACGCCUCAGCAGCUGCACCAGCAGCAGCACAUGAUGCUUCAGCAGCCACCAGGACCACUGGGGCCGCAGCAGCAACAGCAGUUGCAGCAGCAACAGCAGCAGCAACAACAACAGCAGCAGCAACAGCAGCAGCAGCAGCAGCAACGGCAGCAGGGCGAAUCGAGCACUGGCCCUCGUGGCAACACUCCACCUGACCGAAAACGACAGAGGCGCAACUCGGGUAGCGCAGCACCAAGCCCAUUCAUCCAACCUCAGACGCUGCAGUCUGGCUUCCAGGCGCCACAGCAGCACCUCCCUCCGCAGCAGCAAGGCAUCACCCUGCAGCAGCAGAUGCAGAUGAUGCAGCAGCAACCUGGUGGAGUCGACCCAAAUCAGAUGAGCAGAAACCCCUCUGCUAGACAGCUCAACGGGCCGAACGCGUCUAGAACGCCGGGAAGCAUUGAGGCGAGAAGCCCUGCGCAGGGUGUCCCUGGCCAAUCACCCAGAAACCCGUCCCAAAACGGUGUUCCUGGGCAAUCGAUGCAGCGCAACCAGAGCAAGGGUGGCCCUGGCGACGGUGCCAUGCCUCCUCCGCAGAGCCCGGCUGCAACGACAAUGGGACGCACACCACAGGCGCAGAAGAUGUCGAUGACGCCAAAGAUGCAAAAGGAGGAGUUGAUUCGCGAAUCUGCCACGCCAAAAUCGCGCAACUCUCCCAACACCACCAUUGCCAUUGGCGGUGACUCUACGACGCAAUCUGGGUCGACUCACGUCUUAACGCCUUCACCUCCGUCGGCGACGACCGCGACCCCGGCCGGUGGCAAUGUCAAUGGCCCCGUGUUGAACGGAGUUGUGGACGCUGCUGUGCUUUCGGCCACGUCGCAGACAUUGACAUCGGGAACUGGCAUCCAGUCGACAUUAUCCUUUGGCGGUGACGUGCUUGGGGACGCCUCGAGCUUGUUUGGAGCCGAAGGAGACUUGGACUGGAUGACGCAGCUCGGUGGCGAAGGCAUCGACUUUGCGCAAUACCUCGAGAACAUUGGCGACGACAACGAGGGCGAAACGAGCAUUGCAUAGACUCGACUUGCGCCUAGAGGAAAUGGUCCGCAAAUCUCUGUGUGUCUACUAGUAUCCGCGUCGGCGUAUUUGGUUGUUGUCACGCGGGGGCUGCUCCCAAGGCCCUCGUGCUGUGUGUGUGUGGCAUCCGGUCGUCUCUUGGUGUUUGCGUUCUUCUUGCUUGCUCUAGUUUCCCUCUGUCUCUCUCGCUGUCUCGCCGCUUGUCUCUCUCAUCUUACAAACACCCAUCUUCUCUCUUUUUUCCCACUCUUAUUUUACCUUGCCCAUCACAGUAUCAUGGCCGUAGUGAUACCCAUACAUUGAUUCUGAACGAUAGUAGUUCCAUGCACUACAUAUGCACUG